CCCAAAACCGCCCUUUUUUUAUUUUCUUUUAUUUGCUUCUGCCUCCUAUUGAUUCCUUGAUUUAUGUCUCUGCAUGUCAUAUCUCACACCAAAAAUGAAAAUUGAACAAAGCAACAAACAAGCUACCUGUCUUGUUUUCUUUUGCUCGCAUAUCAUCUGUGUCCCAAGUUGCCUCUGCAACCUCCAAACAUUACAUAGCACCUGAACACAGUCACUGCCUCCAAUCUCUACAGAGAAAAUAAUAAAAGCCAUAUAUACCUUACCUUCUCCCCCAUCUUUCUUCUGCAUAGAAAAUUCUACUCUCCCUCCCUCCAUCUCUCUCUACUUUAACCUUCAGAAGAAUUGCCAUAGCCUUGUACCUUAGAAUUUUCAGAUCCUUCGAGGGUUUGAUUGGAAUAGAGUGGAGAGGCUAAGAUACUAUUCACCACUUCCUGUCCUUAUGAUAGAAGAUAUGCUUCUUUGAAUUGCAAGUCUCUUCUGCCCGUUGUUUAUAUUUCAUCAAAUUAAAGACAAUAGCUUUUUGCUGCAUCAUCAGAAGAGAUAAAGCAACAAGCCAGCUACUGCUAAACAAGCGUGAGAUGAUUUUCAAGGCUAUUUGCUCAGAUAACUCAACUGACAUCAAAAGGGUACGAGAAUUUUGAGCUGCUUGAUCGGAAUCAUUUGGCAACACAAGAAAAGAUCUGAUAAAUGGCUCGCCUACUGCUAAGCACAGAUUCAACAUCAAGUCUAUCAGGUCAUGGCAACAGGACAGGGGGUUUUAACACUAGUGAUGCCAAUUUCGACACAAACAUGGUGAUUAUACUAGCAGCCUUGCUCUGUGCACUAAUAUGUGCUUUAGGGCUAAACUCAAUUGUAAGAUGUGCUUUGAGAUGCAGCAGCAGGUUUGCUUUUGAGACACCAGAUGAAGCGGCAGCUCGUGUAGCAGCAAAAGGGUUGAAGAAGAGUGUGUUGUGUCAGAUCCCUAUAGUUGUAUAUGGUUCAUCAGGUGCUACUGAUAUUGGAGCCACUGAGUGUCCAAUUUGCCUAGGAGAGUUUGUGGAUGGGGAGAAAGUGAGGGUUCUUCCUAAGUGCAACCAUGGAUUCCAUGUGAGGUGUAUAGACACAUGGCUUCUCUCACAUUCUUCUUGCCCUACUUGCAGACAGUCUUUGGUUGAACAACACUGUGCAAACACUUCUGGUUCUGGAGAUGUAUAGUUGUGGCUGUGGAUGAGGUUUGCAAAUCUUAACCCUCCACCAUCAACUCAUCAAGAUCUCUACCACAGAAAAAAAGAUGGAGAAACAGAGAAUAUGUUGUUUAUAGCUUUCUAUCUUGGGAUUUUCUUUUUGUUUUGGGGAUUUGCAGCGCAGUUAUUGUGAUUUGUAUGGAGAUAUCUGCUAGGUAAACAUCAGUAAUGCAGAUUAAAAUUUCCUGAUAAUUAUUCCUGAGUGUCCUUUCCCAUUCAGUGCUUGUAAAUGUUCUCUGUUCUAAAGCAGAUGGUACUGAAUCUUG